AGCACCAUAUUCAGACGCACCAUGUCUCGUUUCACGAUAGCUAAUCUGCAUCGUAUGGAGGUUGCAGCGCUGUCAGAACAGCUGCUUGCCCUCAAGUCUCCGGACAAUUCCAUCGCAAUCAUCGACGUUCGCGACGGUGACCAUAUUGGCGGCCACAUCAAGGGCUCGCGAUGGGUUCCCUCCCACCAGUUCGACGAGUGGCUCCCCACUCUCCUCCGCCAGCUCCAGAACACCAACACCGUCGUCUUCCACUGCGCCCUGUCGAAGCAACGUGGGCCCAGUGCCGCCCUACGAUACAUACGAGAGCGAGAGGCACAAUACGGUCCCGAGUCUGUGGCUGCGCCAGGUGAUUUGCAGGGCAACAGCGGCAGCCACGAUGCUACCAAGGAAGCUGCGGCAGGCGAAGAGGUCGACAAGAAGCAGCAGCCAGUUGCGCAAAAGAUCUGUGUCUUGAGGGGAGGCUUCUCCAAGUGGCAAGAGUCUCAUGGCCCAGACGAGCGCCUCACGGAAGCGUAUGUGAAGGAUCUAUGGGAGGACUACUGAGCGGCAGAUAUCGCACGAGCAAGGUACUCCGAUUCAGGACUCCCGAUUGUACGGCGAAAGC